GGGCUGCCCGCGGGUUGGGCUAAGUGAAUGGAUCAUCAGAAGCAGAUUUGCUAAAACUGACAGAGAAUGGCGUAUCGAAGAGAUGAAAUGUGGUCUGAAGGGCGGUAUGACUAUGGGAGAGUUCCACGAGAACGCCUCCCUCCAAGGAUUCAUGGUGAUGGUGAUUACCACAGAAUAGUAAACAUCGUGCCCAAGAAGCCACCACUGCUUGAGAGACCUGGGGACGGGAAUUACAGUCGCUAUGACGAUUACGGUCACGCUGAGUACAGAGACUAUGACGAGGGUCGUGGUUUUGGCCAUGACCGAAGGAGUGGCCCUCCACACCGAGGUGUACGUAAGGAUGAAUCAGGAUACAGAUGGGCAAGGGAUGAUCAUCCUACAAGACCUGAAUACAGGGAUGUCAGAGAUGGCUACAGGAGAAAAAACUUCUAUUCUUCUCAUUAUGUGAGAGAUCGAUCCCCUCACAAGAGGGACUCUCCUUUCUUCAGGGAAUCGCCAGGGAGCCGAAGGGAUUCUCCGCACAGCAGAUCCGGCUCUAGUGUCAGCAGCAGGAGCUACUCUCCUGAAAGAAGCAAAGCCUAUCCUUUCCACCAUCAUAGCAGAAGUAUGUCAUCUUUGCAUAAAAGAAAUAUUUCUUCUCAGCAAGGUAAAGAGAGGGCAGUUCAGUCACUGAAAACAUCAAGAGAUGCAUCACCUUCAGGGUCCACAGCAGUACCUUCAAAGGCCUUGGAGAAGAGCAACAGACUAUCAGAAAAGGAACUUGCAGAAGCUGCAAGCAAGUGGGCAGCUGAAAAAUCAGAGAAGGCUGAGGAAAACAAUUUACCUGAAAUAACAGAAUAUGAUACUGGAUCUUCAGCUCCGUUAUACAUUGAGCAAACAGAGGAAACGGAUGCAAAUCUGACAGAUAGUACAGAGUUAUACGAGGACAGCCACCUUCUCAGUCGUGCAAAAGCGAUUGCAGCUAAGACAAAGGAGAUUGAACAGGUCUACAGACAGGACUGUGAAACCUUUGGCAUGGUAGUGAAGAUGCUGAUUGAUAAAGAUCCAUCAUUAGAGAAGUCCAUUCAGUUUGCCCUGCGGCAGAAUUUGCAUGAAAUAGAUUUCAUCAGAAUGGUGUGCAGAAACACAAAUGAAGUAGCAAUGAUUUUGCAUGUACAAGGUACUGUAUGUAUCACAGCAUCUUACACAUGCAAAUCUUGAUAUGGUAUAUCAAAUAUGUAUUGCAUCAGAUUCCUAAGAUGCCUGGUGAGUUCUCAUCUCAGUAAGGGGAGGUUUUUGUGUUACCUUUUCUUGUUUUCUAAGAGUUCACAUUGCUCCAAGGAGAUGACCCGCAACUACCCUUGUUAGCACCUGGGAUUGUGUGGGCUGCACAGUGAGUGGGAACCAGCUCAUGGAUCCUAAUCUGGGGAGGGAGAGAGGGGAAGAGAGGCAAGCUGUUGUGACAUAGUAGUGGGACGUGAUCUGCCCCUUCUGGCAACAACCUGGUUUUCUGAGAUGAGUCAAAGUCUUCCCAGAUGCAGAAGCAUAACUACAACAUUUCACUACUUGCCUACAGGACUGAGAGCCUUCAGGAUGUUACAUUGUUUCUACUUUGGGUUAGAAACGCUGAUGGAAAAAU